GCACUUGUGGGGCCAUUUAGUCAAUGAAGUCUUGAAUCAGCAUCAGCAGGACAGGAGUCAGAAGUCAGGGUGUUGAAAGAAAAAGUUGUUCGUUAAGAUUUUCGUGGGAAUCCCAUGAACCCGGCGGUGAAAAGGGACGUUUAAGUUUUUCAUGUGAGAUUAAAGUUGCUGCAGCAUGAAUCCUAACAACUCGUCGGGCGCUCCUCCACUGGACUGGACUGAAGGGAAGCACCCCAUGGGCCAGUCGCCCCCUCCUCCGCCCUACCAGGACGUCCCCAACCCCGGCAUGCCUCCACCCGGCCCCGGAUACCCUCCACAGCAGGGUUUUCCAUCACACUAUGGAGGUCAGGUGUACGGACAGCAGCCGUACCCGAUGGGCCAUGCGUACCCAGGCCAGCCGGGCACCGUCACCGUCCAGCCAGCCGUGUUGGUGUCCGCGAGUCCUCUGGCCAACCCCGUCAACGACUACCUGUGCUACUCCAUCUUCACCAUGAUGUGUUGCUGCCUGCCCCUCGGAGUCGCCGCCCUCAUCUACUCCAUCUCAGCCCGGGAAGCGAACCAUGUUGGCGACCAGAUAACGGCGGAGCGCAGCAGCAGGACGGCGAGGACACUGAACCAUGUGGGCCUGGGACUCGGUCUCGGGGCGUUCAUCCUCACCCUUAUCUUCGUUUUGGUUACCGUAUCUCAUUAAUAAAUCUGCUUUUGACAUGAAAAAUAUUUUCCAAAUUUGAUGCCUUUAAAUUUCAGCCUUAGCUCAGUGUGGCUCUACCACACAUGCAGACUUCAAAUGUUAUACGAGAGUUUCAUAACUCAAAGCAAAUGAUUGUCAGUUGCAGCUUUUUUAGUAUGUCACAUUUCAUUAUGAACUGAAUUUUGUGCAAUUGUAAAAAAAAAUAAAAAAUAAAAAAAUAAAAAAUUUUGCCUUCUCAACGGAACUGCUGGAAAAUAUACAUCAAACUCUCUAAAAAGUACAAAACACAAAAUCACAUUUUUAAAAUCGUAACCAAGCAUUUUACUUUCAAUUUUGUGACACUUCUGUUGAACCAGUAAAAAGAAAAGCAGCAGGAAUGUUUGUCAUCAAAGUGUUUGUGACUUGAAAGUGCAUGCUAAAUAUGGAUCCAGUCCUCUUUUGCUUGUCAUUUUUCAAUUGCGCCAAAGUAGUUUUGUUUAUUCCAGCUAAAUAAGAGCACACAGCUACUCGCGAAAUCAGUGUAAACAGAGGAGCCCUUAUGGCAGAAGCAGCCAGUUGCUCAAUCAGUGGCUCUGGCUCAGCUUGUGUUGAAGCCUGCACUGUGUUAGUAUCACUAGCCUGGAUGUAGUUUGUCAUGUGUUGUCGUCAUGUUCUUUUCUUUACCAACUCUCAAGAAGAAAAUUCUUACUGUAUAACAAAUAUCUUUACAAAUAAAAUAUACUGAGAGAGAAAAUA